UCAAUAGCUAAAAUAAGUAAAGUUCAAGCCUUAAAUGUGGAUUUUGCAUUUUAAGAAAAAUAUAGGUAAUGUAAUUGUUGCCGUCGGAAAUUGGGAACAGAGACCCGUAAUCGAUGGCUUCUCCCACCUCAGCAGAAGGCCAGAAUGAGCAGGUUUUGGUAGAGGAGAACUUGUUUGCAAGAACCUUGAUAUUAAACAGACCUAAACAGUUGAAUGCUCUUUCCUUUAAAAUGAUUUCUCGGCUGCUGGACCUUUUUCUUGCUUACGAGGAGGAUCCUAAUGUCAAAUUCCUUGUUCUCAAGGGAAAUGGCAGAGCAUUUUGUGCUGGUGGUGAUGUUUCUGCUGUGGUUCGUGAUAUACGUGAAGGUAAUUGGAGAUUAGGUGCCAAGUUCUUUGAAAAGGAAUUCAUUUUGAACUAUGUGAUGGCGACUUACACUAAACCCCAGGUCUCAAUCCUUAACGGAAUUGUCAUGGGAGGCGGUGCUGGAGCUUCAAUGCAUGGAAGAUUCCGCGUUGCAACUGAGAAUUCGGUCUUUGCAAUGCCUGAAACAGCUCUAGGGCUUUUUCCUGAUGUAGGUGCCUCUUAUUUUUUGUCAAGACUUCCUGGAUUCUUUGGAGAAUAUCUUGGACUUACAGGUGCUAGAUUGGAUGGUGCUGAAAUGCUCACAUGUGGACUUGCAACUCACUUUGUCCCAUCAACAAAGUUGUAUUUGUUAGAAGAAGCAUUGCAUAAAAUAGAUUCAAGUGAUCCAGACAUCAUUUCAUCCAUUAUUGAUGGAUACUGUCAGCAACCAUAUUUGAAAGAGCAAAGCGCUUAUCGCUGGUUGCAUGCCAUUGAUAGAUGUUUUUCUCAAAGAUCUGUUGAAGAUAUUAUAUCAGCCCUUGAGAGGGAGGCCAUGAAAAAUAAGGCAGAUGCUUGGAUCUCUACGACAAUUCAGUUACUGAAGAAGGCUUCUCCAACAAGUCUUAAAAUUUCUCUUAGAUCAAUUAGAGAAGGAAGGCUUCAAGGUGUUGGUCAAUGCCUUGUUCGCGAGUAUAGAAUGGUUUGCCAUGUCAUGCGAGGAAAACUUAGCAAUGAUUUUUUUGAGGGUUGCAGAGCUAUAUUGUUAGAUAAGGAUAAGAAUCCAAAGUGGGAACCUCCGAAAUUGGGCCUCGUCUGCGACAGUAAGGUUGAGCAAUACUUCUCCAAAGUGGAUGAUGGAGAAUGGGAAGAUCUAAAGCUUCGUGCUCGUUUCAACUUGCCUGGAUGUGCCACUGCUAAGCUAUAAACAUCUGUCUCUACUGAGCUUAAAUAAGAUUAAUUUGGUGAUUCUAGGGUAGCUCAGGAACUGUCGGAUAGUUGGAAACCAAGGGAUGAAAUAAAAUAGUUCAAUAUGGCUAGAUAUCGGAAUGAAAGCUAAUGUACAAUGAAAUCAAACUGUUAUCAAGAAAAAACCUAGAUAAUGGCAUGUUUUUCCUCUUUUUCUUUUUC